UUCGUAAUCGCCACCGCGCUCGCCCUUGCUCCUUCUCUCGACAUCACAUUGUCCGACGAUCCCAGUCAGUCUCGCUGCCGCUGUACGUUUACGUCCGACAAAGCCGACCCUAAGGAAGAAACUUGGAAACAAGGUCUGCGACAACCGCAUGACCUGCUAUGGCCACCUUAGUCUCUGAUUUGCUUCGAGGAGCACAACGACAAGUUCGGCGAUUUUCCUCAGGGUUUGCCGCUGAAGAGCCCGAUAUACCCACGCCGUCUUCCACUUCGCAACACCAGAGAACGAGAUCUGAUGGGGCCGCGCUGCCCGAAUCGGUGUUUGAGGACGGAGACGAGAACUAUAGGAGAAGUCUGGAUGGGAUUAUUGUUGGCAGAACCGUAGCGCAGCCGGUGGCUGUUGUAACAACAACCACACCAACCAACGCCGCAUCAAGUUCGCAUUCGAGGUUAGGGGAAGCCGCCGAUGUCGCAACUGCCACUCCAGCAGCAGAGCACACAGGACAAGUUCCAGUUCCGCCAAUAUCCGCAGCGGCAUACGAAUCGACGCCGCCGGCGCGACCGUCGUUAACUUCGCCGAUCUCUGCGCUGGCGCCAGAAUGGACUGCGCAAGCAGCGCAACAGAGUUUCCUCACGCUUCCUCGUAUCCCCUCCCAGGUGGACUCCGACGCUCGAUCCCAGACCGGGGAGUUACCAGAAGAUGACGGCAAGAGCGCAUUGAGGAAGAGGAUACAGGCGAUUCAAAAUCAGGCCGACAUCUCGCAGGCCCUCAAGGCGCAGCUGAUACAUCAGGUCAUGACGGAGGAGUAUUAUCAACAGUCUCCACAUGCGCAUGAUGGUACUAUGGGCAUGCGCCCAGAAUCGCCCAGCGGUCGGAGCGUGCGUAGUGUGCACAGCGUCAAGAGCGCUCGUAGCGCGCAGAGCCAUAGCCGCGAUCGACCAUCGAACCGGGAUCGUGAUUCCUUUGGCCCGUUGCAAACGGCCUUGAAGUUCUGGAAUCCUCUCGCGGGCGAAAGCGGAUUUAGUGACGAGGAUACCCUGAACAUCCACGUUACAGAGGAGGAUCUGAAGCCGACCUAUGCCCCCAAAACCGUCCCGAAACGCGACGAAUACGGGGUGCGAGAACUCGAUGUCAGUCUCGCAUACGCGAUUGCGCAGGGGAUACAACCCGAGGAAGAAACCGAGGAUCUGGACGAGAACGGUCAGCCCGUUCUCAGACUCGGUUGCAAACACUACCGGCGCAAUGUGAAGCUGCAAUGCGCCGCCUGUGAUCGGUGGUAUACUUGUCGGCUCUGUCACGAUGAGGUGGAAGAUCACACCUUGCCGCGGCGGGAAACACGUCACAUGUUGUGCAUGUUGUGCGGUCGAACCCAAAAGGCCUCGCAGACUUGUGUUGGUUGUAACCAGUCAGCGGCCUCUUACUAUUGUAAUAUUUGCAAAUUGUGGAACGACGAUCGGAACAAACCAAUCUAUCACUGCAACGAUUGUGGGCUCUGCCGAGUUGGGCUGGGCUUGGGCAAAGACUUUUUCCAUUGCAAGAAAUGCUCAGCAUGCGUCUCCACGCGCGACGAGCACCGAUGUAUCGAACGGUCAACCGACUGCGACUGUCCCAUCUGCGGCGAUUACCUGUUUAACUCUCCGCGACCGGUUGCAAUCAUGAAAUGUGGCCAUACCAUCCAUAAACACUGUUUCAGCGCGCACCGGGAAAGAUCGUACAGAUGUCCGGUCUGCAACAAGAGCUGCGUCAACAUGGAGAUCCAGUUUCGUAACCUUGACAUCGCCAUCGCCACCCAGCCCAUGCCCGACGAGUACCAGGAUGCCCGGGCCGUCAUUUCGUGCAACGACUGCAGUGCAAAAAGCCAGACAAGGUACCACUGGUUGGGACUGAAGUGUUCAGUCUGUCACUCGUAUAACACGGUCGAACAUAAGCUGCUCCAUAUGCCUGGUGUGGAUGGCGACCAGGGUGAGGAGGAACCCAGGGCUGCCACUGGGUCGAGUGAUGCCAACAACGGAGCGCAGGGUGUGAGUAUGCUGCCAGUUGCCCUUGACAACGUGGCAACAGCCGGCGGUAGACGACUAUCAGCUGCUCGAGGACUGGAUCCUCAAUAUCCCGACACGAACGGACAACAAAACAGAAGUAUUUUCCACUCCGACCCGAUUUCACCACCACGGCGUUCAGCCCUAGCAGGUUUAUUCGCCAACCGAAACCGACAAUCUCCAUCCUCUUCCUCCGCCGACCAACCACAUCCGUCCACCUCCAACCUACCCACCACCCCUUCACCAUCUACCUACUUCCCUCGCCCCUCCUCCUUCGCUCCUUCCUCCCCAGCUGCCACAGCCGCCGCCGUCCUCGCUUCAGCCGCCGCCUUGGUGGGGUUCGGCGGUUACUCAGCAUCUGCUCCUUCCGGCGCGGCAAAUAACACCAUGAUUCCAGAUCGCGCCAUCCCCGGGAUGACAACGACAAGGACGACGAGGAGGAGAACAAGAGGCAGGUCAAUAAACGAAGCAGCUGGACCUGGGGUGACAACGAGCGCAGAUUAUAAUUCUGACGAUUACACCGAUGACGAUGAGGAAAGUCGGUGGGGAGAGGACAUGGUGACGCUAGAAGACGUGCUGGGUUUCCUGGGACGCUCGCCGAGAAGGUUAGUUCCAGUUCCUCAGGAUGGGCACACCUCUAUUAGGGAUCUAAUAGAUGAGGACGAUGAGGAUGAUGAGAGUGGGGAAGAAGAGAGUGAGGAAGAGAAUGAUGAUGAUGAUGAUGACGAUGACCUUGAAGAAAUAGGGGAUGGAGGGUUUGAAUUGGACUUGAUUGGUCAUAGAUGAUAUCUUGGAUAACAGAGGCAAGUAACGCAGAAGGCAGGGAGGCAUGGA